CAUCGGAAAUUAUCUUGAUUCGUCCGAAACUAGUUUGUUGAGGGACACACGUCGCAUCAGCAUCGAUAGAUGCACACUCAUCUCAAGAUGAUAACAUGAAGCAUCCACUGCGAUUGCAGAAAAUGCAACGACGCGAAAAAAAAUUAGUGCAAUUGCUACAGUUGGAUUGAAAACGCAAUUCCAAUGUGUACUGCUAGUGUCGCGUGUAUCUUCUCGGUGCAAAUAAGAGUGGUUCAAAACUGUUAUACAGUGCUCCCGUCAUCAUCGGUGUGGUCCAGUCGCCAAUUGGUGCAUACAACUUUCUUUCGCACAAGGGAGACCGGUCCAAAGCCUCGAUUACAACCAUCCAAAUGUUAACGAACCGUAACAUCUGAACCGAACCAAACACGCACCAGACUAGAAUUGUACUGUCAUUGCAUAGGCUCUGCGCAGAUCAACCCAACAAACGUGACGAGUCUAAUCGUUGCUGAUUUCUGAUUCCAUCGUAGCAUGGAUCUGCCCAUAUUAGCUCAGGUGGAGAGCAUUGCGAAUCGUUUCCAUUCACUAAAAUCGUCAGUCGGGAGUGAUGAUGCAACGAAUGGCACCGUGCUCAAAGGCAAGGCCAUGGUCAAAACCGAUCUGAACAACAACGAGGAAGAUAAGGUCUCCGUUGAGGAGGAAAUCGGCGAGUCGUACGAGAUCCGUCCGUUCUACGAGGGUAAGAACAUCUUCGUGACCGGAGGGACGGGAUUUCUCGGGAAGGUGCUGAUCGAGAAACUGCUACGCAGUUGCGAUGGGAUCAAGCACAUCUACAUCCUGCUCAGACCGAAGCGAGGUCUAACCAGCGAACAGCGAUAUCGAGAGUUCGUCAAGCACCCGGCCUUCGAUCGUCUACGGGCGAAGGCUCCGUACGUGCUGGAGAAGAUGAUCUGCAUUGGAGGGGACAUCACCAUGCCACAGCUGGGGCUAUCCGAAAUGGACCGACAACUGCUGGUGGAGAACGUGAACAUCGUGUUCCACGUGGCCGCUACGGUGCGGUUCAACGAAGGACUGAAGGAGGCUGCCGUGCUGAACGCCAUCGGCACGCAACGGAUACUGGAUCUGUGCGUUAAGAUGUUCCAUUUGCAGAGCGUAGUCCACGUCUCGACCGCCUACAGCAACCCGAGCAGGCGCGAAGUCGACGAAGUGGUCUAUCCACCGACGAUGAAUGCCGACUCGUUCAUCCAGUGCGUUAACAUCCUUCCGGGGGAUGUGAUCAAUGCACUGUCCGAAAAGCUGCAAGGAACUCACCCAAACACAUACACGCUGACCAAAUCGAUUGCCGAACAGCUGGUGUCGGAGUACAGUAGCCAGUUGCCGAUCUGCAUCGUACGGCCGUCGAUUGUGACUGGGUCGCUGAAGGAACCGUACCCGGGCUGGGUGGACAAUGUAUAUGGGAUCACCGGCAUCAUGAUGGAAAUCGGACGGGGCACGAUCAGCAGCAUCAUGUGCGACGAGAACUGCGUGAUGGACGUCAUUCCGGUGGACAUCGUCUGCAAUACCUUGAUUGCGGCAGCUUGGGAAAAUGCCAUGACCAUGUCCAAUCCAAUCCGGGUGUACAAUUGCACCUCCGGUCCGAUCAAUCCGAUCAAGUGGUACAAAUACGGCGAGAUCACCCAAAAGUGGGCCAUCAAGAACCCCACCAAGUACGUGAUGCUGUAUCCGGGCUUCCAGUACCGUACCAACCGGAUUAUCCACAAGAUCGUCGAGCUGUUUCUGCACUUCCUGCCGGCCUAUCUGUUCGACAUUGUGAUGCGUUUUCAAGGAUCGAAGCCCAUCAUGGCGAAGAUUGCGAAACGGUUCCAGAAGGCUGCCGACACCGGGGAGUUCUUCGCCAUGCACCAGUGGGACUUCAAGAGCGACAACCUGAAACGGUUGAUGCGUAAAGUGCAGAGAGCCAAGGACGGGGAGGACUUCGACUUCGACAUGACCAACAUGAGCUGGGACUCGUAUCUGGAACAGUAUAUGCUGGGGAUUCGGAAGUUCGUGCUCAAGGAUGACCUGGAUAGCAUGGCGAAGGCUCGGAGGAAAAUUCGACAGUUGUAUUGGACGAGGGUGUUUCUGCUGAUGGUAGUGCUGUUUCUGGUGUAUCACUUCGUCUUGAAGAGGAUAUUUUCCUGAACAGAACGGCCCGUCUAGUUUCCAGAGACAAUCUACAGCGACUAGUUUAGUUGUUGGACAAUUUUAAUAUUGAUAGCUACAUAGUUAACAGUGAGAAACAUGACAUAUCAUUAGAAGAUAAGGUUAUUUCGCACAGUGUCUAUUUGAAUGUAAUGAUUUGAAUGGCAAUAUGUCGAUAAAAAACAAAUACACGUCUUAUGUAAAAUGUUAGAAGCGACUCACUUUUCCUGAAUUCGCACCUAGCAAAUUAGAGGUUUUCCUAAAAACUCAUACCAAUUAUUUUUCUAUGUAUUUAUUC